AUGCCUGUCCCUCGCCUCUGCGCGCUGGCCGCCGCCCUCCUCCUUGGACUGCUGCUGCUGGGCCUCCCUCCGGCUUCAGGCGCGGGGGAGAGGGCGGGCGUGUGCCCGCAGCUGCCGGCGGACGUGAACUGCACCAAGGAGUGCCUCUCGGACAGCGACUGCGCCGACUACCGCAAGUGCUGCCRGGCCGGCUGCGGCUCCGUGUGCUCCGUUCCCAACGAGAAGCCAGGUUCCUGCCCCAAUGUGGACUUACCCCAGCUUGGCAUCUGCCAGGACCAGUGCCAGGAGGACAGCCAGUGUACUGGUCCCAUGAAAUGCUGCCGCAAUGGCUGCGGAAAGGUGUCCUGUGUCACACCCGACCCCUGAGCUCCAGCCACCACCAGCCUGAGGAGUGGGGAGGGGAAGCUUCUGCCUGGCCACACAUCCGGCCCCUCGUGGCCACCCUCCCUUCUGGGUAGCCCCUGCACUCCUUCCUGGGCUGACCAUGGCUUCUCCCUUCUCCCGCCA